GUUUUUCAAAUGUGUUUGUUUAUCGUGUGAGUAAAUUGUUUGAUGGGCCUAGGAUUUUCUAAGUUGAAGUAAAUGUUCUGAAUGCUGUGAUAAGUUUUAUUGUAAAUCAUUAAUGAAUAGUUGUAUAAUAAUUCAUACAUUUAUUUUAUUAGUAAAGUCCCCGAAAGUGUAACAUGUCUUUAUGGGAUACCUUUUGAAUAUUGCCAAUGAUGCUGAGUUAUAUACCAGUUGAAAUUCCAUUUUACUUUGAAUAAUGGGAAUAAAUGUAAUAUACCACCAGCUUUAAACUUUAUAGGUCAUCAAACGUGACUGCCUAUUCAUUGAUACGGUAUUCAUAGAAGUCCAAGCUGAGCUAUGUUGGUGUGUGUAUCUUGAUACCUUCAAAGAAAAAUUUUAAUGACACUAAAAUGGAAGACAUUGUUUCCCAAAAUAUCCAUCCAUAUUUUGAGGCUUUUUAUCCUAUGAAAUAUUUUUGUUUGAAAGAAGAUGGUGAUGUGAAGAAGCAUAAAGUGGAACGAAUAAGUGUAGAUGGUGAUUAUCUUAGUUACGCUAGUGAUGAACAUGAUAAAGUGGGUGUGUACAUUGCAGAAGAGCAACUCACACCUAGUUGUUGCUAUUUUGAAGUGGAAAUAGUUGAACCUGGAAUGGAUGGAACACUGUCAAUUGGUGUGUGUGGAAAAGCAUAUCCAUUAGAUGUACAUAUAGGUUUUGAGCCUGAAUCUGUGGGUUUGUCAACUGAAGAAGGAAGGGUGUGCAAAGAUGGACUGAUUGGUCCCAAAUUUGAAACGAAGUGUGAACAAGGGGAUCGUUUUGGCUGUGGUUUAAAGUUUGAUCAAGUGUCAGACUCUGGAGAUGAACCUUUCCACACUGUGAUUCCUGUUUUCUUUGUGCGUAAUGGUAAGGAGCUAGGUACAACAUUAUUCCACCUGCCUGUUGGUGGCAUCUAUCCCGCAGUCAGCAUGCACUCUGUAGGAGAAGUGGUGCGACUGUUCGUGGGGCUGAGCUGGCUGUCAGAGGAAGAUAGUCUUAUGUCUGUAGAUAAUAAUGAAGAUGACUGGUAUAGAAUGAAUGAUGUUCGACUGAAUGGCCAGAUUUUGGAGUACGUAGGACGAGGGAAAGGCAUUGUUGAUGUUGGGUUUGCUCAAGCUCGAGCCCCUCUUACUACCACCAUGCAUUAUUUUGAGAUUGAGAUUAUUGACCCAGGUGAAAAUUGCUACAUUGCAAUUGGACUGACCAAAAGGAACUACCCCAAGCACAGGCAUCCUGGAUGGGACAAAGGAUCCAUUGGCUAUCAUGCUGAUGAUGGUAAAAUAUUUAUUGGAAGUGGCCUCGGCGAUCCUUUUGGUCCCCGUUGUCAUAAAGGAGACCGGAUGGGUUGUGGUAUUCUAUUUCCUCGAGAUUAUGUCUGUGAAUAUGAUAGUGAUGGUGGUUUCUCAGAUGAAAUGUGCCUGUCAUCUCCUAAUGAACCUAAUGAUUUACUGGAGCUUAUGCUGGAGAGUAGUGAUAGUGAAGAUGAAGACUGGUGGCGUUACAGUUGUGGUACCGACUGUGAAGGCAAAGUGAAGGUUUUCUUCACACGUAAUGGGAGUGGAAUAGGUCACAGGGAAGUGUGUAUUCCUAAAGGAGGUUAUUUCCCUACAAUUGGUAUGUUGAGCAUCAGAGAAAAAGUGAGAGUUGAUCUUCGGCCAUUAACAGGAUGAACAAAAAUUUCAAGUCCAGCCACUGAUAAAAUGAACAGUAAACAGACAAACAUUAUCUGUUAUGGAAAUCUGUGAUUUUAACCUUGGGAACAGUGUCUAGGGAUUUUCAUUGACAAGUUACCAAGUCAGUCAACAUGAAUGUUUGUUGUUGAGUUUAUAAAGUUUUAUUUUAAAGGUUUUUUAAGUAGUUUUCUUAAAAUUGUGUCUGAGUAAAAAAAACAAUAAAAAUAAUAUAAGCAUAAAGCUUACACAGAAAUAUAUAAGCAAUUAACCCUCCAAAAGUUUCUCUUGCAAUGUUAUGGUCUUUAUGUAUGUAAUUGACAUGUGAUUAAUGAAAAUUUAGCACAUACAUAUUUUGUACUGCUCUAAUGACUAACAUGUGGAAAUUUAUUUUAUUGCAGCUAUUUUAUACUAAUUGUUUAAAAAAUUAUACAAUAUAAAAUUGUUUUUACUUGCUGUCUAUAUUAAUUAAAAUUGCUUUCUUACCACCA